GCCUGGAUCGGAGAGCGGCUGGCGCUGCUCGAGGAGAUCAAGCAGCGGAAUGCGGCGGCGCUGGAGGCGUUGCCAAAGCCGCCGAUCACAGUGACCCUGCCCGACGGCAAGGCCAUCGAGGGCAAGGCGUGGGAGACCUCGCCCCUCGACAUUGCCUCCGGUAUCUCAAAGGGCCUCGCCUCUGCCACCUGCGUCGCCUCGGCUCGCCGCCUCACGUGGGCCUCACCGCGCGGUGGCCUCGUCAGGCCUCUGGAGGGAGACUGCGAGCUGCGGCUGCACAAGUGGGACGAGCCCGCCGGCAAGGAGACCUUCUGGCGCCCUCUCUCUCCCGCCGACCGCGCAGCUUGCGGGAGGGAGGCGCGAGGGCUCAGGCGCGGCUGGCGGUGUGACCGUAGGCACUCUUCGGCGCACGUGUUGGGCGAGGCGCGCGCUGGCCCGGAGAGGAGACGGGGGAGGAGGGGCCUGGCCAGGGCUUGGCCGGGUCGGCCGGGUAGGAGAGGAGGGGAGGGCGGGGCAGAAGGGCUGCACAAGGGUCCCCCGUGCGGGGUACCCGUGCGGGGUACCCGUGCGGGCGCCCCCCCCCCCCCCUCUCCUCCAGGCCCCUUUGUCGACCUCUGCCGUGGCCCACACCUCCCAAACACGGGCAAGGUCAAGGCCUUCGCCGUCACGAAGACGUCGGCCGCGCUCUGGCUCGGCAAGGCGGGCAACGACGAGCUGCAGCGCGUGUACGGCGUCUCCUUCCCCGACAAGAAGGAGUUCGCCGAGUGGAAGGCGCUGCAGGAGGAGGCCAAGAAGCGCGACCACCGCGCGAUCGGCAUCAAGCAGGAGCUCUUCUUCUUCGACGACCUCUCGCCCGGGUCGUGCUUCUUCCAGCCGCUCGGCGGUCGGCUGUACAACAAGCUCGUCGAGCUCAUCCGCGGCCAGCUGUGGCUCCGAGGCUACGAGGAGGUCAUCACGCCGAACAUGUACAACCUCAAGCUGUGGCAGACCUCUGGCCACGCGACCAAGUACGCGGAGAACAUGUUCAUGCUGGACUGCGAGGGGCAGCCCUUCGCGCUCAAGGCGAUGAACUGCCCGGGCCACUGCCUCAUGUUCAAGCACCGCAAGCGCUCCUACCGCGAGCUGCCCCUCCGCAUGGCCGACUUCGGCGUGCUGCACCGCAACGAGCUCUCGGGCGAGCCUCCCCCGCCGAGACCGGCUCUCGCCCAAGGACGCGUCCCAGUGACAUGCGCGCUCACCGGCCUCACGCGCGUGCGCCGCUUCCAGCAGGACGACGCGCACAUCUUCUGCAUGGUCUCGCAGAUCAAGCAGGAGAUCGCCAACGUGCUCGACAUGAUCUCGACCAUCUACGGCUGGCUCGGGAUGGACUUCGCGCUCAACCUCUCGACCAAGCCCGAGAGCGCGCUUGGCGACGCCGCGGUGUGGGAGACGGCCGAGGGGAUGAUCGCGGAGGCGCUCGACGAGUACCAGGCCAAGAGCGGCCGCGGCUGGUCCCUCAACCCGGGUGACGGCGCCUUUUACGGGCCGAAGAUCGACAUCCACGUCUACGACGCCCUCAAGCGGCCGUUCCAGUGCGCGACGGUCCAGCUCGACUUUGUGCAGCCGCAGCGCUUCGACCUCAAGUACAUGACUUCGGGCGCCGCGGCGGCUGCUGCCGAGGCGCCCAAGGACGGGGAGGAGGAGAGCGCGGCGGGUGCCCUACCGCCCGGCUACGAGCGGCCCGUCAUGAUUCACCGCGCGGUGCUCGGCUCGGUCGAGCGGAUGAUCGCCAUCCUCACGGAGCACUUCGCCGGCAAGUGGCCCUUCUUCCUCUCGCCGCGGCAGGCCGUCGUCGUCCCCGUCUCCGCCGCGUUCAACGAGUACGCCGAGGAGGUGCGCAAUCAGCUGCACGCCGCCGGCUUCUACUGCGACGUCGACGCCUCGAACCGCACCCUCAACAAGAUGGUGCGCGAGGCGCAGCUGUCGCAGUACAACUUCAUCCUCGUCGUCGGAAAGGAGGAGGCGGCCGAGGCGGCCGUCAACGUGCGCACGCGCGACAACGAGGUGCACGGCAAGAAGACGGUCGAGGCUCUUCUCGCCGACUUCAAGCAGCUCCUCGCCGACCACAAGUGA